UUUGCGUGCGGUUCAGUUGUAGAAGUAGGAAGAAUCGUUCAAGUAGAGGCGAGAUCCGUGCGUUUUCCUUUUACCCGACUCGAAUACAUUUUAUAUAAACAAAAAAAAAAGGAAUUCUUAAAUAUUAAAUAUAUGAAGUGUACAACAAAUGCAAAUAAAUAACUUUUAAACUCGAAACACCAACAAGAAAUUAAAGCGAGUAACGGCAGCAGAUUAAAAAAAUAGCCUUUUGUUCAGCAAUUGUGCAAUACGUAAAAGACCAAGCGAAAGCAGAACACAGAGAAACUGUCGAAAAAGUUUAAUACGCAUCAUAAAAGAAUCUCGGCAACAGCUACAACAACAAUAUUGUGCAACACAAAGUAAACAAUUGUAAAAGCUUAAACAAAACACACUCGCCCACACACAUAUACACACUCGCACACAACAACAAAAUGAGUGUCUGUGAGAACAAGACCGUUGUGCAACAACAGUUGCAACAACAGGCCGCCGCUGCCGCUGCCGUUGCGGCUGCCGCAGCUGCUGCAGUUGCUCAGCAGCAGCAGCAGCAACAACAACAGCCCACGCAAGUGGUGCCACAGCCGCAGCACAUGACGCCCCAACAACAACAACAGAGCACACAAAGCAUUGCCGACUAUUUGGCCCAAUUGCUAAAGGAUCGCAAACAGUUGGCCGCAUUUCCAAAUGUCUUUACGCAUGUGGAGCGACUGCUGGAUGAAGAAAUUGCACGCGUGCGCGCCUCCCUAUUCCAGAUUAAUGGCGUUAAAAAGGAGCCACUUACCCUGCCCGAGCCCGAGGGCGCUAUGGUUACGCUGAAUGAGAAGGUUUAUGUGCCAGUGCGUGAGCAUCCAGAUUUCAACUUUGUUGGUCGCAUUUUGGGACCACGCGGCAUGACAGCCAAACAAUUAGAACAAGAGACUGGUUGUAAGAUAAUGGUACGCGGCAAGGGCUCCAUGCGGGACAAGAAGAAGGAGGAUGCCAAUCGUGGUAAACCGAACUGGGAGCACUUGUCCGAUGAUCUGCAUGUCCUGAUCACUGUUGAGGAUACAGAGAAUCGCGCCAAAGUCAAACUGGCUCAAGCUGUAGCUGAAGUGCAAAAGUUGCUCGUGCCGCAAGCCGAAGGCGAAGAUGAGCUAAAGAAACGUCAACUUAUGGAACUAGCCAUUAUUAACGGCACUUAUAGGGACACAACAGCGAAAUCAGUCGCAGCUUUCUCAUGCGUUGGUUCUCCUUCUGCUUCUGUUCUGUAUCCCGCAGUGUGCGAAGAGGACUGGCGCCGUUUGGUUGCUGCAUCGGAUAGUCGCCUGCUGACGCCCACACUGUCCGGAUUGGCUACACAGCUACGUUCACCCGCCAAUGCACCGCUGGGCGCACCCUUGAUACUUAAUCCACGCAUGACAGUGCCCACCUCAGCGGCCAGCAUACUGUCCGCCCAGGCAGCGCCGACAGGUGCCUUCGAUCAGACCGCCCAUGGCAUGAUCUUUGCGCCGUAUGGUGACUACGCGAACUAUGCUGCACUGGCCGGCAAUCCUCUGCUGACGGAAUAUGCAGAUCAUAGCGUUGGUCGAUAUAUGCAUGCCGGCUCCGUCUUUUGAACUUUUUUUUGUUUGAGUGCACCAAGAAUUUAUUGAAGUCCAUAAAUUGUUAGUUUUAGUUCCAGUUAAAAAAAGAGUCUGCCGUUGACAGAGUGUACAACACAGAACAUACUUAAACAUAUUGAACGUAGUAUACUACAUAUUUAAUUAUAGAAUAUAUACAUACAUGUAUACAUACAUAUAUACAUAUAUAUUUAUUUAGCAACAACAAAUGCAAAACAGCACAACAAGAACAACAACAACAACAAAUACUCAAAUACAAAACUGCAGCUUCAUUGAAAGCAAACCAACAAAAAACUAAAACAACAGAAUAUAUCGAAAAAAAAAAAACAAAAAAAAUUUACAUAAGUAAUAAUGAUUAUUGCUCGUCAAAGUUUUUGUUAGUUCAUAGGUCGCAAACAUUUCUACAAACUGGCAACUGGCGAUUAGCAAAUGAGUGAUUUUUAGGCGCUUAGGCGCAGAUUAGUCUUUUUAUUUUUUUUAAGAUUUUUUAUUUUUGUUUUGGAGCUCUUUAACCAAUUUCAAAUUAUCUACUUUUGAACAUGAGUAUAUUCUAGUUGACAACAACAACAACAAUUCAGCAGAGACAACAAUGACAGCAACUGCCGGCGCAAUUAGUUAGUUGUUGUUUGGGAACAAUGAGUAUUCUACUUACAUACAUACAUACUUAUAUUACUUAAAGCCUUCAACAAAGUUGCUGAGAGUUAUUUAGCCUUUAAGUAGUGUAUUUAUUAUUGUCUGUGUUUUCUAGUUUUCUAUAUAUGUACAAUACAUACGGUUAGGUCUUAAAUAACUUUAUUUAUUUCCUUUCUUUUUUGAUUUAUUUUGUUUAUUGCGGUGUAGGUUACUGUUUAUUUGAUUUUAUUUUCUUAAAAUUUUUUUUUGUUGUGUUUUCAAUUCUAUUUAAGUGCAAUCUUUAGCUGAUAGCUAAUUAGUUUUGUGUAGCAAUUAAGCUCAGUAUUUAUGCACAAAUGUACCUUACGACAAGUUCAAGUUUUACAUUUGCUUUCCGUACCGUUUGAUUUUUUUCCAGCCAGUGCCAUUUUGAGCAAUUAGCAACAGCCUCACCUUUUGUAGCAUUUUAAUAAAAGAUAGAAAGAAAUAUAUAUACGCAUAUAUAUCAAUAAUCAUAUUUAUAUGGAGCCUUGAAUCGUUUUGGUGCUUAAACAUUUGUAGACUUAAGUUAGUUGAGGUUCAGGCAGCCGUCCAACAAUUAUUUGCACAACUAGUCAGCAAAAGCGAGCAUCAAAUGUUUGACAGACAGAUCAAACAGACGGACACUGAGAUAGACAGCUGGAAGAAUGCUAAAGAACUCUUACACUAAAGUUAUAAAAAAGAAAAACGCAUAUAACAUACUUAUAUAUACACAAAUAUAAACAAAUAUAAACAAAUAGUUGUUAGAUAUAUUUUAGGCUAGUUUGAGCUGCUUAAAGAUCACUUAUUUUGUUGACGAUAUCCCAGUACCAAACAAUAUGCAAUAUAUACGACUCAUUCCAAAGAAACAGAAUUUAAAUGUAAACCAACAUGCAAUUGCAGUUACAUAAAUAUUAAAAACUUUUUGUAUUCUUUAAAUAAUUUUGUUUUGUUUUAAAUAAUGAAAUUGGUAAUUAGCAAAACAAACAGUGUCAGUGUUCCAACCGCAGCGAAAGGAAAAUUAUUGUGUAUUGUUUAAAACAAAAGCAAAGAGCAAGCAUAAAUAUAUAUAUAUUUCUUCUUAUUACUAUAUAUAAGUUUUGUAGACAAUAUACAUAUAUACAUAUAUGCCUCUAUGUAUAUAUAUAUAUUUAUUGGCUUGAAUUUUAUAUAUAUAUAAUCCAUAUACCAAUAUAUACACACAUAUACAUAUAUAUUACUUUAUAUGCACAUAUCUACAUGUAUCGUAUCGUAUAUUUUAGUAGGCGCCCUUAAGCAGCAACGUCGUUUGGCAGCUAACAGAGAACACCCAUAUCAGCGUACAACGGUCGGAGUGCCAGCCAAGCCGGCGGGUUUCAUUGAGAUACAGUAAACGCACAAUAUAGCAAACAACAGCAAUAAAUGAAUUUCGUUUCAAUUCACGAAACAAAAACGUUUAUCCAAAACCAAUUUUUUUGUAUUUAUCAAAAGCAAAUUUUUACAUUUUUUCUCACAAUGUUAAAGAAGUUAACGAUGAGUGUUAUCGUUCAACUUCCAAACAAUUAUGUGGUUUAUUUAAUCUAAGCCCGCCAUUAUGUUCAAACUGGGCAUUAUUCAAUUUAGUUCAAUUAUGCUAACGAUUUUGUAUUUAUUUGUUUUGCAUUCUGCAUCUAUAUCAAAUUUACUUUAUUCAAUUUGUUUUCAAAAACUGUUCUUUAUAAAAAGAAGAAUCUCUUGUAUCAAUUGCUGGUGCCCUGCUGUGUGCACAAUGAAACCCAGCCAGUCCAGUUGGCCAGGCCGGUCUGUGCAGCUCCGUAACUCAGUUAAUUCUGUCCAAUAAAUAAAACAAGCGCCUCACAGAUGCGAUAGAUGCACCUACAAUUGAGACACAGCCAGGAAGCAGCAGCAAGAGAUUCGCAUAUGAUGUACUAAGAUCAACAAUAAGAGGACCAGCUGUGGGAGCAGAAACGGAAGCGGGAGCAGUGUGGCAAUGGUAGUAACUCUUAGCACUGUGUGCCAUUUUGUAUGGAAUGUGAAAUGCUAAUUGCAAGUUGUGCAAGACCCACUUGUCACUGACAACUACUAAAAUAACACACAACUCACACCACACACGCACAACAUAAAAGAACGCAUGCAUAUGCUCUAUAAAAACAUAUCCACUCAAAGUCUGUGGCCUGUUGCUUGCGCCUGCAGCACUCAUCUCAAUGCAUCAGCAGCAUCUGCGACUGCAAACAACAACAACAACAACAACAACAGCAAGAAGAAGCAGAAAAUAAUGUAUUGAAUCUUGUGGCCAUUUCUGUUGCGUUUUGCCAGCCAGCAAACAAAACGAAACAAACAAUUACAAUAACAAAUCAAACAUAGUUUCUAGAUUAAAUUAAUAAAAGUAAACGAAGGAGAAAAGAACACACAUAAUUAUUAUCUAUUAACAACUUAUAAGUUAUAGUACAUAGUGAAAAGUUCAGCGAACAAAAAUUACUUAAUUAAACUGCAGUCUCGUGCAUACACCCAUUAUGCAUAUAACAAAUAUCUAUUUGUUUAUAAAAAAAAAAACAAACAAAACAAAAAAGAGAAUAUCAUUUACCGAAUCUCAUCUGCAAAACGUUUCUUAUAACAUUGUAUUUUUUUCAAACAACACGAUGGAGAAUCUUUUUUAUAGUUUUUUAAGCAUAAACAAUUGUUUUAUCUGUGUAAUUAAAAUGUAAUCACACCCACGCACACACACAGACGCACAUCCACUCAUUAGGCGGCAAUUAGUUGUUGUAUGCUCUGAUAAUAUUUAAGAUUAUAACAAAAUAUUCAGCACGCGAGUAUAUUUUUGUUAAAUUGACGCAAAUUCUUUGUUAAUGAAGUAUUUCGAUUAUGAUUAUGUUAUAUUCUUUCUACACCCACAUACACACACACACACAUCAAUAUUAGGUAUAUAUAUCGCGCUGAUUGUGAGCGCGUGUGCUUAUUAAAUAAUACAAAAUAAAAGUAACAGCCAUAUUUAGUUAAUGAAAAGUAACGAAUAUCAUUCAUUAAUAAUGUACAAGUAAAACCUAAAUAAUUUUAAUGUCUAGUGUUAAUAUUGAGCUCAAGCACAAUGUAUUAUACACCAGAAAGAAAAAAACAAUGUUAAAUAAAUAAAUCAUGAUGAGUAAAAGAUUUUUGACCAAAAUACCGCAUAUACAACACAUCCGAAAUUCUUUAAUUUAAAAUAAAUGUUAGAAGUUAUAAAACGCAAGAUUAUGUACAUUUUUUCUAUAUAUUUAUUUAUAUAUUUUUUUUAAAGCGCGAACUCUUAGCACAUUAGACCCAUUAACAGCUAACUAUCAUAUCUGUAUGCGAUUAAAAACAAAAUGCAUAUAUUAUUAAACAUAAAGAGAAAAAUAAAAAUGAAAUUGCAUUUAAAUUAUGGUACAAAAGAAAGACGGCUACGUUUUAUUUUAAAUUAAAGAAUUUUCUUAAAUGCAGCUGGGCUUUUAACGAAGCUAAAUUUAAAUAAACCAAUUGAAACAAAUAUGUAAUUAGUGUGCCUUUCAAACAUAUUGCAUCUAAGUUAAAUGUUAAAUUAAUUUUAUAGCGGCACAAAUCAAAAAACAUAAAAAAAAUUAAAUAAAUAAAUAAAAAAAAAAACAAAAAAAUGAAUGAGUAAAUGAAAUAAGGAGAAGUGGCAAAAA